AAUAAUUACCGUAUUAAAGCUGUUUACACUAGCUUGAAAAAAACCUUUCUUUUUUGUUGAACGAUUUCUGUACCACUUAUUUUGUUUUAUGAACAAAAGUAGAAAUUUCGGAACGGUCAUGAUUCCAUUCACUCUUGAAACUUGUAUUCACAUUUAAAUGACUUAGUGUGUUUUUAUUCAAAGUUUGUAUUAGUAGUCAAAUAUUGAAUUAUUGAAACGUAAGUGUCGACAAGAUAAAAAUGGAAAUUUGCUUUUAGCCGUUGUUCUUAAUAAGCAGAUUUCCGACUCUUUUUAUCAAUCCUUUUCAAGACAGGGUUUUGACUUAAAUAAGAAUUGGCUUAGGUAAUUUCAGUUAACAUUUUGCCAUUUAUUUAGCCGUGUGGCUAAAUGAAUUAGUGUCUGUCAUUCAGUUACAUCCUUGAAACAAAACAGACGGUUUACAAAGUGCAUUAAUUUUAAAUAAAAAUUUUGCCAAGAAAAAAAGACCUUUUCAAUUGACGAUAUCAUUAUUUCUAUGUGAUUGAACAAUUUGCACUUUCAAUCUUCUAAUCCAAGCAGAACAUGCCUAGUUUGACGAUAACACUAAUUAACCUUCAACCAUCAAAGCAUUUUGUAAUGAAAGGUAUUUCCGCUUCGACUGUAGCUCAGACCAGCUUCUUUGUUUUCUUCUCGAUAAACCGAUCGUCCUCUGAAAACGCUACGUUUGCGCGCGCCAGUACUGCAGUCGGUGAGAUAGAGUCAUUUUCAGGUGCAGAAUCAUACUACGGACUUUUCGAGGGCCAUGACUGAUUGUACAUUAGACGGAAAGCUUUGGACAUCGUUAAUAUUCUUUUUUGUAAUUGCUGUACUCGCGAUCUUCGGAAAUGCUCUUGUCUGCGCGGCAUUCGCGACCAACAAACGCCUCAGGAUUCUUACCAACUACUAUGUCGUUUCACUGGCUGUGUCGGAUAUUUUGGUCGGUAGUAUUAAUAUCCCGCUUUGGAUGUACAUAAUGAAGAAAGAACAUUGUAAAACUAAAUAUGGCAGCAGCUUGUACGAAGCUUUCAUCAUAUUCGACAUCUUGUGUGGUACGGCCUCGAUCUGGAAUAUGACUGCUAUAAGCAUAGACAGAUUUGCGGCUGUGGUUUAUCCGACAGUUUACAAACACCGCAUGAAGAGCACAAAACUCGCUGGCUGGACUAUCCUUGGUGUAUGGAUUUUUUCACUUUUUGUUGCCUUGUUUCGACUUGCUUUCCAAAAAUUCAAUUAUGCCAUCUUUGUUGUGACUCUGGGCUUUUUCAUUCCGCUGUUAUUAAUCUUGUUUACAUACGGAAAUAUCUACCGUGUGGUUCGUUAUCGUGCAAAAUGGACUGGGUCCGUGUUGAUUGAGAUCAAACUGGCGCGAACUCUUUCGAUCGUGAUUGGUGCAUUCAUUCUCUGCUGGGGGCCAUUUUUCAUUCUCAAUAUAGUAACCAAAUAUUGUCCCGUGACAUGUGAUUAUGAAGUUGCCAUCAAGGUAAUUAAGUGGCUUCAAUACGCUAGCACUUGCAUUAACCCUAUUAUCUACACUAUCAGGAACCGCGAAUUUCGUUUCACUUUCCACAAGUUGAUUUUCCGUUGUAGCCACAGAAAUGGCAAGUACGCGUUUAACCCACAAGAAAAGCGAUCCAGUUGGUGGGGUUGUUGUCAACUUGGAGGUCCCAUUGAUGCAGAUUUUGGCGAGAGUCGAUCACGUUAUCCGACCUACACCGAAGAAGCCUCGCUUUGUAAUUCGCGCCUUCGUAGUUCAACGACGCCUACAAAAGUUCAAGGGACAACUUUAGCCUUUGACAACUUAUCUUCGUCACAACACGUGCAGUCGAGUUGUAACACAACUCAGCGCUUUCGUUCUUAAGGUUUUUUCGACGGUAAAAGUAGACAGACCCAGUCGUAGCACCUGAACUGUUAUUGCUACAAUGUAGCUGUACAUAGCACAAAAAAAACUUUACGUGAUAUUAUUUGCGCUCACAAUACUUCUUAACAGCGCUUCGUGUGCUUAUAUAGAAAGAAACCAAAUGUAGAGACAAAGGAUACUGAUCUUAAAGAAUUAAACAAGAAAAAAAAAGCGAUCCUUCUUGACCAAAAAUAAUAAACUCAAUUAUCCACUAAAUAGUUUGAAACCACACAGUGUUGGUUACGCAUUUGCGCGCGCCUUACGUAAAUUGGCUCCGAUCACUGCUCCUCCUUGAGUAUCGGCGGUUGAUGGAUUACCUAGCCCUGGGAAUGAUUUAUACCAUGUAGAUUAUUCCAAUUUACAUGUUCUCGCAAACUUGGAUUUUAAAAUUUGUGGGGCAGUUGCUUCGAAAAAAAAUUAUCUUUCACAAAGGGAUGAGGCCGUUGGUCUUUCCGAGGCUAGAGGAUACCUAUAUCUUAUUAGAAGUUUUGUUGUGUU